UUCACUUUUUCAGAGAUCUAGCUUGUUAUUGUUCUGUACAAAGGCUAAAUGUAAAUGUUUUACAGCAUAGAAAACUGAAAAUGUUCAUCCGUUGUGCCCCCAUUUAGAUGAAUGGGCAUGUUGAAAAUAAAUGGGCAAGACUGCCCAAGGCAUGGGAAGAUCCUGGCAACACUCCUAAUGAGGAAGCCCUGGUAAAUGAAGAAACAGCCACGAGGACACUCAGCAAUGAUAUUGACGGGAUGCCACUGUCAUACGAAGAAGAGAUAAACAAAGAAGAGGAUGCUGCCUCAAUCAACCCACCCACCCAAGUGUCAGAUGGAGUGGAGCGGGCCGAGGCCAGGGACGAGUGCCUGCGGGUGACGGAGGAGGCCCUGGCCACCCUCCAGCGUGACGUGGCCAAGAGCCUGGUCACCGUACUGGACAGCCUGGACCGGGGCCAGCGCCUGCGGAGGAGGGCGAGGGACGCCGAGAGGAGGAGCGAGAAGGAGCGGUGGAGGAAGAGUCGCGCGGAGACGGAGAAGCUGAUGAAACGGUGGGCGGAGAAGUGGGAGGGGGGGAGGAGGACUGAGGGUUGGAGCUGCGAGAAGGAGGAGGAGGAUGAGGAGGAAGAGGCCAUCACCGGGAUGUGCCUGGAGGUGAGGAGGCAGGUGCAGAUGUCGAUGGAGAAGGCCGAGUCUGAGCGGGAGGAGGAGGUCACAGAGAGCGACAGCAUGGUAGCCAAGCAGGAGCUGGCCAUCAUGGAGGUGCUCAUGGACCAGCUGGGGGCAGUAGAGGAGACCUGCAGGGGGCACUGUAAAAUUAUUCAGGACAGAAUGACGCAUCUGUGGGAGAAGAUAGAGAAGAACAGAUCAGUGCGGACUGAGAACAGUGGGAUCAGUGAACAGUUCCCUAGUUCAGUGACUCCUCUAGCUAUCCUCAAGCCCUGCCUGGUGCGUGGGAGAAGGCCCCUGCUGCCACCUAUCGCAUCCCUGAAUGAGGAGGGGGGCGAGCGCAGUGCUAUUCAUAUUAGGACAGGGGCUCCCACACAGGGCGUUAUGUGGCACAUGGAGCCACUGGCAGAGAACCGCAGGAAUAAAAAGAAAAGGAAAAAGAAGGUAGAGAUGACGGGAGGGGAGGAGGAAGAAGUGCCGGAGAAGAAUGAAGAGUGCCAGAACAUCAGGAAGAGCUGGAAGCAGAGGCUGACUGAAUGGCUUCAUGCACCACUGUGUGGAUGUGCAGUUAGAUGCUACUGACUGGAAGGUCCCCAUUCAAGUGCCUCUACUGACCCUCUGACGCAACCUAGCACACACUGACCUGUUCCCAGACCCUCAGACAAUCAGAUGUCACCUGGCUCACUUACUAACAUACACACACACACACACACACACAUGCACAGAGAGAGAGAGAGAGAGAGAGAGAGAGAGAG